CCCAUUUAACUUUGCGGUUAUAUACAUUAAUAUAAACGGACAAUUAUCGUGUGUUUGCGCAUAACUUUUGUAAUUAUCGUUUGCGAAGUAUCCAUUGCUGGUUACGCAGUGAAAAUGUCCGCUGACUACGCUACUAAUCCCGCAGUGAACACUUUGCGCGAUUAUCUCCGCAUCCGCAGCGUUCAUCCCAACGUCAAUUACGAUGAAUGUCUUACCUUCCUAAGAGGUCAAGCGGCUGCUAUUGGUCUACCAGUACAAAUAUUCGAGGUGGUGCCAAAGAAACCAGUAUUGGUAAUGACCUGGGAAGGUCUACAACCGGACCUACCCAGUAUCCUGCUCAACUCCCAUAUGGACGUCGUGCCUGUGUUUGAGAAAAGUUGGAGGCAUCCACCAUUCGCUGCUGAGAUAGUGGACGGAGUGAUCUACGGUCGCGGCGUGCAGGACAUGAAGUCAGUCGCUGUGCAGUAUUUAGAAGCUGUGAGGAGACUGAAAAACAAGGGGAUUCGUCUCAAGAGGACGGUGCAUCUCAGCUUUGUACCCGAUGAAGAAGUAGGUGGUGCUAAAGGCAUGGCAGAAUUUGUCAAGACCGACCACUACAAGAACUUGAGAGUUGGUUUCGCUCUGGAUGAAGGGAUAGCGUGUGCUAACGAGGAAUACCAGGUCUUCAAUGGAGAGAGGACCAUUUGGCACUUAAACGUCGUUUGUCCGGGAAAAUCCGGCCAUGGAUCAUUGCUACUACCUGAUACGUGUGGUGAAAAGAUCCGGUAUAUUAUAGACAAGUUCAUGGACCUACGACAGGUGUCGAAGACUCGACUGGAGAGUGAUCCAUCGCUUACCAUAGGUGACGUCACUUCCAUCAAUCUGACAAUGAUUAGUGGUGGUAUCCAAGAUAAUAUAGUUCCAGAAAAGAUGACGGCACAUUUCGAUAUCCGUCUGGCAACGUCUGAAGAUCUUGAAGCAUUUGAAAAUACGAUAAAGCAAUGGUGCGCGGAAGCCGGUGCCGGAGUGACGUACAGCUUCAAUCAAAAGGACCCUUACGUGCCGCCGACCGUCGUCGACAACACCAACCCCUACUGGGUUGCGUUUAAAGCAGCCGCUGAUAAACUUGGUAUAAAGAUAGUGGUGCGUACAUUUCCCGGCGGCACUGAUAGCCGGUUCAUUCGUGCAACGGGUACACCAGCCCUAGGACUGACGCCAGCGCACCUCACGCCCUCCUCCCUGCACGAGCACGACGAGAAUCUGCCGGUGGUGCAAUUCCUCAGAGGUAUAGAGAUAUACGAAGAGAUACUUCCGGCAAUAGCAAACAUAUAA